AUGUGCGUUGAAGUUGAAAGUGGACAACUUGUAAAGUCCACUUUUCACUUUCGUCUGCAUCCAUCAGUGGGCAUUCUUAAUUGUUCUAUUUUUGAAGGAAAUGGAUUAGUAGUGAUCUCCUCCUCUAGUCACCAAAAUACACCACCACUUCGUUCAUCUGUUCUCACUGAGGCACAUUUUCAUCUACAUUUUCCGCUGAGUUAA